CCUCAUCUACCAUCGACGUCACGACGGUCCGCAUCAAGAACAAAAUGGUUGACAAAAUCGAAAUGAGCCUUGAUGAAAUCAUCAAGUCCCAAAAAUCUAGUCGUCCGAGGGGUGGCGGUGGCCGUGCCGGUGGUGCCGGCCGCUUGAACCGUCGUUCCGGUGGCAGCGGUGGUGCCAGCGCACGGAACGGCAGCUUCCGUGCGGGUCAGCGCAAUGGUGGUGCGAGCGGCGGUGGCGGCGGCGUUCUGAAGGGACGCAAUCGUGGCGGAAUCUCCCGGGCACGCAAUGGGCGGGGCGACGUGAACAGUGCAUGGAAACAUGAUAUGUACGAGGGACCACGCAAGAACCGUCUCCUAGCGACGGCCGGACUCAGUGGACUUGGCGGUGGGCCGGGCGGUGCGGCGAAGCUGCUUGUUUCGAACCUGGACUUUGGCGUAUCGGACACGGACAUCAACGAGCUGUUUGCCGAGUUUGGACCGCUAAGAAGCGCCUCGGUACAUUACGAUCGUUCGGGACGAUCGCUUGGAACAGCAGAUGUGGUCUUCGAACGGCGUUCGGAUGCGAUUAAAGCGAUGAAACAAUACAACGGAGUACCUCUGGACGGGCGGCCCAUGAGCAUUCAGAUGGCCACAUCGGAAAUUCCUUCCCCGCGCGUUCCUCGUCCGGCUGCUGUUGCAGCUGCGUCAUCGGGUCGUUCGCCACGCAAACCAGCCGGUGGUCGAGGCGGAGCUGGUGCUGCAGGAAAGACACAGGGCCGUGGCGGUCGCGGAGGCGGUGGCACCGGUGGCAGACGUCAGCCACGGGAAACCAAAACCGCCGAAGAGUUGGAUGCCGAGCUGGAUGCUUACACCAAAGACAUGAAGUAA